AUGCAAAAGACCAUGGUGUCCCCCCCAGCAGCUAGUCCCUCCUCAAUAUCACCGGCCAGCAGCUCUCAUCUCGGCAAGCGCCAUGAGCUCAGUGAGGAUGCCGCGGACAACAACGGCAGCAAUAACCACAACAAUGGCAAGCCGACUUCGCGCCCCAAGAGGGCCCAGGUCUCCCGCGCCUGCGCGCGCUGUAAGAAUCUCCGCCGCGCCUGUAACGAGUAUCGCCCUUGCAAGCGCUGCGUCGACGCCGGCCUCGGCGAUCAGUGCCUCGGAUUGCCCGGCCCAGUGUCCCUCGCCUGGGUGUCGGACGGCAGCCAGGCCUUCGGCCAGGUGUCUCACGAGGCCGUCCAGCGCAUGGCCGACCUGCUGCCGGCGAGGGUCUUGGACUACUGCGUCGACCGCUUCUUCGCCCGCAUGCACCCCACCAUCCCCAUCCUGACCCCCGAGUACGUCGCCCACCUCAAGGUCGUCGCGGGGCCGUCCGAGGCCGGCAUCGAGGGCUACUGCCUUCUCACCGCCGUAUGCGCCCUGGUGCUCCUGCAGGUCGAGGAGCCCGAGAGCCUGUUCCUCCAGGGCCUGAUCCCGGAGAAGAACGCCCUCCACGGCCGCAUGCUGUUCGAGGAGGCCCUCGCCGCGCACCGCAACUUCGCGAGGCGCUCGAACCCCAGCUUCGAGCAGUGCCUGCUCACCUUCUUCCUGUACGCCUGCCACUCGGCCCUCUUCCACCACAGCCAGGCGUUUUUGUUCCUGCGCGAGGCCACGACGCUGUUCCUGCUCCUGCGCCUCAACACCGACUCCUCGCCCCGCGCGCUGGCCGACCGCCUGUUCUGGGUGCUGCUCGUGUCCGAGAGGUCGCACGGCAUCCGCUACCGCAGGCCCGUGACGCUGCAGAUCACGGCCGAGUCGCCCGUCAUGGACAACGACCCGACGCUCUCCGGGUUCUGGAGCCUCGCAGCCCUCUUCAGCCCGCUGGACACGUCCUUCAUCGCCCUGCUGAACCAGGAGAAGGUCGCCACGCCCCCUUCCAACGCCGCGCUCACCUAUAUCGAGACGGCAGUCAACUCGGCCCUGCGGUCGACGUCCGAUCUCAAGGACACGCAAAAGGCCAACCUGCGCGUGACGCAACUGUGGCUGAGGAUCAUUCUGUGGCAGCUGCGCCUGCGCUUCGGCUACCUCGCCGAGGAGUCGGUCCAGCCGAGCAUGACGUACCAGUACCCGCUCGACGUGGCCAAGGACCUGGUGCUGUCGACGAGGGAUCUGCCCGUCGACAGCAUCAAGGUGCACGGCGUGGGCCUGACGGAGAAGCUGUUCGACAUCGCGUCGGCCGCCGUGGACGUCCUGGCGAGGGUGCCCAUUACGCCGUCGAGCCCGCACAGUGUGGGCGCCGGGCCGGAGGACGAUUUGAACUACAUGCGCCGGCUCAUCACGCGGCUGCCCGGUGGGAACAGCAUAUACGACGAGUUGCUGGAUAAGCACAUACAACAGGCCGUGCCGAGCAUGGUGGUGGUGGUGUCAAGCGGGGACGCCUAG